AUCAACGAGCGUUUCGGCACGUCACACACGUAGUCGUAGCUAUACGAAGCAUAGCCCCAGAGAAGCGCGCGGCUGUACCUUUUAUAAAGUAGUGCUCCAUCAACCGCGCGCUAUCCAGCAACUUGGGGGAUCACAUCAAAUUACGAACGUGGUGGCCGCUCAGACUGAUCGUACCGUCGCCAACAUCAUCCCAUCCAGCCGACUCUGGAUGCAUUCAUACCCUUGUUGGAGGCACGAUGUGCAGAGAUAGAGACCAUUAAGCGAAGGACAUUCACUUAUGGCCACACGGAUAGGCAUCAGGUAUGCGUUUGACUCUUCUUGUCUAGCUGGUGCACUCAUUCACGGCCAGCUCGAUGUGUAUUAUCCUUCCGAGACUCACGAAUCCUUCCCGGUUCUCUUCUUCGUAUACGGCGGCGGAUUCAUAUUAGGCAAUCGGAAAUUCACCGCCCGCCGAGCUCCUAUAUGCCAACCUAGGAGCCUUCUUUGCCAAACGAGGGAUCCUAACGGUAAUACCGGACUAUCGCCUGCUCCCCGAAGCACGCUUCCCCGAGCCCAUGGAAGACGUACGGGACGCGAUGGCCUGGGUAGUCGCUACGCCAAUCAAGUCACAAGCGAGCGCAACCUGAAGGUGGAUCUCGACAGCAUCUUCAUGAUGGGCCACUCCGCCGGCGCGACCAUCGCGUCCACCCUGCUGCUGCACCCCACCCUGCUCCCGGCACCGCUGCGCGCGCGCAUCCGUGGCAUCAACCUCGCCGGCGGCGAGUACAAGCAGCGGAGGGACGGCGUGAUGGCGGGGAUACUUACGCAGCUGUACGGUGCCUGGGACGCCGUGGAGGAGAACAUGCCGUCAGCACUUCUGAAGCGCCUGCCCGAGAGCAUCGUCAGCGGAUUCCCUGAUGUGAUAGUGAUGGUAAGCGAGCGCGAUCCUGAUGGGGCGAUAGAGGCGAACGAAGAGUGGAUCAGCAUGUUGAGGGAGACACUCGGAAAGGAUGUGAGACUCUUUGUCAUGAAGCGCCAUAAUCACUUUAGUCCGAUGCUGGCGUUGUGGAGCGGUGAUGGAGAGGAGUGGGCUGUCGAGUUCGACAGGUGGAUGAAGGCCAGGGUCGGAUCGAGCACCGGCCAGUAGGUUAGACAUCAUGGGAUUGUACUGUACAAUAUGAUGCAGAUCGAGUGAUAGACCAGAGUCAGUUAGCGUGA